CGCGCAGCCCCGGGACGGGACGGGAUUGGCGGGAGCAGGCAGGUUCCCUGUGGGGAGGGCGACGGUACUGUCGCGAGGAAGCUGCUGCCCCGUUCCAGGGGAAGGGGCUGUUCCCAGGCUCGGCCAUUACAGGCAGACGGGACAGUCAGCCUCCCCCCGCAGACAGGAGAACACCCUUCCUCACGACCCCCCGGGGAAGAAUUCCGGGUACUAGAAAGAGCCCGUUUGAGAGUGCAGACUUUGAACGGGAAGCCGUAGUUUUGUGAGGGGGGACACGACGCCAAGGACUGAGACUCUUAACAGACUGCUCAGCAGCUUCACCGAACCCCCGUUCCCAGGAUUAUUUAGGAAGAGGCUAAAGUAGUAUAGAACUGAUCUAAGGUUGCCGCGUGGGCAUCUUUCCAGGAGCUUUGUUAUGUCUUAAGAGCUGAUGGAACGGUGCUCCCUUCAAUAUAAGCAACUUUCAGAGUUCACAUGGAAAUCGACCUUCUCCCAUUCCUUGGAGCUUGUAUAUACGAUCAGAGAUUCUUCUUAUGAGAAUAUUGAUACUUUUGUGGCAUGUCUACUCCAUAGAACUAAAAUGGUAAUAGUUCAAGCGGCAGUGAUCGGUCCAAGCAGGCUUCAUGGCUGAGUAGGGAUUUGAACCCAGGUUGUCCUAGUCCAGUGCUCUACCCACUGCACCCUCCUGCAGCAGGAUGCUGGAUGCCUGCCUCUUACUGGGGUGUUUUUUUUGUCCCGUCCUCCUCUGAGCAAGGAAAAGAAUGCUGGGCAUUUGCUAAUAAAUUUGUACCUGAUGUAGCCCAGUUUAAGAACGCUGGGAUCCAUUUACAAAUUAUGGAUCCAAACUUGUUAAGAGAAAGAGAACUUUUCAAAAAACGAGCACUCUCUACUCCUGCUGUAGAAAAACGUCCCACACCUUCUUCUGAUUCCUCAUCUUCUAAAAAGAAGAAAGCAAAGGUAGAGCAGAGUGGAUCAUCAAGCUCAAAACAAAAUGCAGACCACAACAAUGGAUCUUUUAACUUGAAAGUCCUUUCUGGAGGCUCUGGUUACAAAUUUGGAGUUCUUGCAAAGAUAGUGAAUUAUAUGAAGACACGACAUCAGCGUGGAGAUACACAUCCAUUAACUCUAGAAGAAAUAUUGGAUGAAACACAACACCUAGAUAUUGGACUGAAACAGAAACAAUGGUUGAUGAGCGAGGCCCUUGUCAACAAUCCUAAAAUAGAAGUUAUAGAUGGAAAAUAUGCAUUCAAACCUAAAUACAAUUUGAAAGAUAAAAAGGCCCUGCUCAGGCUUUUGGAUAAACAUGAUCAGCGAGGGUUGGGAGGAAUUCUUCUGGAAGAUAUUGAGGAAGGAUUACCUAAUGCACAGAAAGCCAUAAAGGCUUUAGGGGACCAGAUCAUCUUCAUUACACGUCCGGAUAAGAAGAAAAUUCUUUUCUACAAUGAUAAGAGCUGUCAGUUUACAAUGGAUGAAGAGUUUCAGAAACUUUGGAGGAGUGUUCCUGUGGAUUCCAUGGAUGAAGAGAAGAUAGAAGAAUAUCUGAGGCGCCAGGGCAUUUCUUCCAUGCAGGAGGCUGGACCAAAGAAAAAAGCUCCUAUUCAGAGGAGAAAGAAACCUGCUUCUCAGAAGAAACGGCGGUUCAAGACUCACAAUGAUCAUUUGGCUGGAGUGUUGAAGGAUUAUUCUGAUGUGGUUCCUAGCAAAUAGUGAGCCUUCCAGGCGGAACUGUUAUGAGCUGUGAUGCAGAUGCUCAGUAGCUCUGAAGGACAAGUGUCCUUUGUACAAUGUGAUGUGGUUCUCCUCUCUCCCAGCCCUGCAGCGGCUGAAAAGAAACAGCUUUUGAGAGCAAAGAUAAACUGUUCCUCUGAAUACUUGUUUUAUUGGCUAAUGUGAACUUGGAUCAGAACUGUUCACUGUCAGUAGACCUUUGAUAUUGGAGUAAAAUAUAUUCAGCAUGUAAUGCCGAAGUCCUUAUUCAAGUGUUUAAAUAUUCUUUGAACUGGGGUUUUGUGGGUAUUUUCUUUUAUUCAUUGGGUGUUAACUUGAGAUAAAACUGAGUCUUUGUUUUAUCUAUGUCAAGACAACAUGUUUAUAAUAAAAAUCAUACUAGAAAGUUGA